AUGCCUCCCAAGAAACCCAUCAACUGGGGGCUGUGGAUCAAGGUCCUGGUGGGCGGAUCGGUCAUCAGCAUUGGCGGGCCAGCACUGACUUUCUGGCUGGUGCCAACGGAGGAAGAGCUGCGGUCCAGGUACAAUCCUGAACUGCUCAAGAGGAGCCUGGAGGGCAGAGAGGAGAGGCAGCAGGAGUUUGACCAGUUUGUCACGCGGCUCAAGGAGUACUCCAAGUCUGAUAAACCAAUUUGGGCCGUCAUGAAAGAAGAAGAGGAAAGGAAGAAGAGAGCAGAUCUGGAAGCCGCAAGGUUACAGCAAUUGGAGGCAGCUGCACGGAGAGACGAAAUGCGCCGAGAGGCGGGCCUCGGAAAAUAA